AGUCAAUUAAUGACAGUGACAGUUUAGAUUCGGAUACUUGCCGAUUUUAGAAUUUACUUAAAGUAAAGCUUGAUUUUAAUUAGAACUGUUAUAUUACUAAGUUUUCAUCAUGCUUAUCAAGGUCAAGACACUCACUGGCAAAGAGAUUGAGAUAGAUAUAGAACCUACAGAUAAAGUGGAGAGGAUUAAAGAACGAGUUGAAGAAAAAGAAGGCAUUCCACCGCAACAACAGCGGCUUAUUUUUUCUGGCAAACAAAUGAAUGAUGAGAAAACGGCGCAAGAUUACAAAGUACAAGGUGGAUCAGUGCUGCAUUUGGUGUUAGCUCUGCGCGGCGGGGAGUGAAUUCUGUGAUCAUUGUCUCAUAUUUAUAAUUGUUUAAUUUUAUUUCUCAUUCUAUGUAUAAAAUAAACACAAUUACAUAAAUAAAUGUGAAAAUCUUUGAUUGCAAGUUUUUUUAUGCAGGGAAAGUUUUUUUUGUAAGGAUAAUUGUAACAAGUGUCAUGCUGUGUACUGAGAAAGCUAAAUAAAGGAGAACAACUCAAGUU